CCAGUCCAGCUGGUGGCGGUAAUGCGUCUUUAUGGUUUGUGUGAACCUGCCAUAAAACAGCAGAAGAAGAAGAAGAAGAGAAACCUGGAAGCAGAAGAAGAAGAGGUAAAGCGGGCGGCGGAUCCCAGCGCAGCUCCCUCUGCUGUUGUCCGCUGAGGUUAGCUUCAUGGCGGCGGUGCGCAGCUUACGGGUCUCGGUGAAAUCCGACAGCGGCUCGGAGUCGGACUCUGACUCCGAGUCGGACAGAGAUGCGCGGGAGGCGGAACCCAUGGAGGUGGAGGAGGGAGAGCUGGAGGCGGAGGACGUGUCGGUGAACCGCUCCCUGAAGGAGCUGCUGCCGGACACCAGCCGGAGGUACGAGAACAAGGCUGGAGCCUUCAUCACCGGGAUCGACGUCAACUCCAAGGAGGCGAUCGAGAGGAAGGAGAAGCGAGCGAGACGUUUCCAUUUCCGCUGCGAGGAGAACGUCGGUCAGAGGAACGUCCUCCUGGAUAAAGACGCCAUGAAGAAAGCCAUCCCCAGACUGCGGAUGGAGGCCAUCCAUGUGACGGGCGUGGACGACAUGAGCACCCAGGACGUCUUUGGGUAUUUUAAGGAGUAUCCUCCAGCGCACAUCGAGUGGAUCAAUGACACGGCCUGUAACGUGGUGUGGCUGGACGACGACACCUGCAUCAGAGCGCUGAUCAACAGCAGCAGGAUGCCUUGCUCAGAGGCUGCUGCCACGCAGACGGAGUCCGGCAGUCGUCCCGACGACCCCAGCAAAGUUCUUCCAGACGGGGGAUCCGAAGAUGAGGAUGAUGAAGAGGAGAAGGGCGAGGUGGACGAAGAGGAAGAGGAGGAGGUGGAGGAGGUGAAGAAGAGCGGCGACGAUGAGACGAAGGUGGAUGUUGGACAGGUGGACGACCUGUCGCGCGCUGAGAGAGAGUCUCUGCUGAGGAACGAGCUGCGGCCCGUCAUCAGGCCCUUCAAAGGCAACAAGCUGCGGCUGCGCUUCGCCACGCAGGAUGACAGGAAGGAGCUGGGAGCCGCUCGCCGCAGCAGGUACUACAUGAAGUACGGCAACCCCAACUACGGCGGCAUGAAGGGCAUCCUCAGCAACUCCUGGAAGAGGAGGUUCCACACGCGCCGCAUCCAGAGGGACGUCAUCAAGAGCAAGAAGCCUCUGAUUGGAGACAGCAUGGGACACACGCCGCCCUACACCCACCGUCACUCUGCCGACCUGGUCAACCUUCCCGAGGAGCCCAUCAAAGAGGAGGAGGAGGAGGAUGAAGAGGAGGACGACGAGGCCGAUGAGGACAUGGAGGAGGACGAUAGGGUGGUGGAGUACAAGGAGAAGGGCGGCGGACCACGCCCCCUGGGGGCGGGGCUUCGCGCCCGCAUGGAGCGCUCACCUUCGCCGUGGUCGGAGUCGGACGAGAUGGACUACGACCUGGAGCUGAAGAUGAUCUCCACGCCGUCGCCCAAGAAGAGCAAGAAGAUGACCAUGUACGCCGACGAGAUCGAGGGUCACCUGAAGAACAUCCGGAACCGGAUCGGCGCUUCUGGGUCACAGAACCGGGCCAAGGCCUCGUCGCCCCCCAAGGUGACGGACGUGCGGCAGCUGCUGGAGGAGAAGCGGCAGGGCGGGUCCCAGCGCAGACAGCGCUCCCCUAUGGCUGGGGGUGGGAAGACAGACGUCCGGCAGCGGCUGGGAAAGAGGCGCUACUCCCCGGACAGACGGCGCUCCCCUUCCCCCGUCUCUCCCAGAGCCACGCCUCCCGCCAGGGAGCCAAUCAGAGACGUGCACCGCCGACUGGGCGUGGCCAGCCAGGACGGCAGAGGAGGCUUCGCCAAGGCGUCCACAGACAGGAAGUCAGGCGCUCUAUGGAGCAGGCUCGGUUCCGGCGUCGGUGACGACAGCAGCGUUGGCCGCCACGACCGCCGGUCAGGCGAACGUUCGGCCCGGCAUGAUGUCAGCAAGAGUAGACGGGGUGACGGGGAGGGGGAGGAGGAGGAGGAGGAGGAGCGGGAGGAGGAAGACGACUCGACGCUGCAGAAGGUCUGGGGCGCCAUGAUCAAACAGAAGCAGGAGCGCCGCGGCCACAAGAUAAAGAAGAGCCGUCUGGACAACCUGCCGUCGCUGCAGAUCGAGAUCAGCCGCGACAGCAGCGACGACUCGGACGCCUGAUCCCACGGAGCCGGCUGUCCCCCGCUGCCGACCCGGUUCUGUUCCCCGCUGUCCGGCCCGGUUCUGUCCCCCGCUGUCCGGCCCGGUUCUGUUCCCGCUGCCGACCCGGCUGCCAGGAGCGUCACCCAAACCAUUCCUGUUACCGGCGAGGAGCUGAACUCUAGGAGGAGCCGCCUCCCCGCCGGGAACACCGUUAGGCGUCCCACCAGAACCGCCGGCUGCCUCCGCUUAGCAGAGGACGGAGGGACGGGUCGGGUCAGAACCUUGGUCCUGGAAACUGGGCCUCUGGACCUAUCCCUGUGAUUCCUUUGCUGUUUUAUUGCUUUCUCUGGUUUGUGUGUAACUGGUCCGCCUCCAUCGCUCCCUCAGCCUGACGGGACAGUGGGCCGGCGCCGCCCUGACACUAACAUGGAUCUGGAGCGGUUCUCCUUCGGUGUGCCGACCCGGUUCCGUUACGCUGCAUGUGGGCGGCUCCUGGUACCAGAAUAAAGCCGUUUAAAGCAGGUUUAUUUCACCUUUUGGUUUAACUUCAUGCUCUCAUGAACGUCAGCGUCUUCACUCAUGCUGACCCGGUCCAAGCACAAGUAGAGGCAGGAAGGUCCAUCAUGGUUCUGAACAUUUUCUAUUAAUAAAAGCCUGAAACGUUU